AGACCAUAGACGAGCGUAUACGCGACGAGAUGGCCAUCGCGAAUCCGAACUACAUUGCUCUUCCUGUGUCCAAGACAGGAUACAAGUCUCUUGACGACUUCUAUCCUUACUAUCUCGGCGAGCAUGGAAAGAAGACGACGAGAAGACUCCAUAUGCUUGGAACCACAUUGGGCCUGUUCACCUUGAUGAGACUGCUAUUGGCAUGGUCAAGGGUUGCAGGUUGGGAGAUGUCGAGUAAUCAAAUGUGGAAGCUUGCUGCCGGUGGUUUAAUACAAGGGUACCUCUGGGCUUGGAUCGGUCAUUUCUUCGUCGAGAAAAACAGACCGGCGACGUUCAAAUACCCUUUCUACUCGUUUGCUUGCGAUUGGAAGAUGUGGUGGGAGGUGAUCACUGUGCAGAGGGACUUUUGAGGUGGAUGAACGUGGGAUGUUUUGCACAUGUUACAAGAAG